AUGGCAAAAGAUACAACAUCGGGCUCCGGUGUUUUAGACAACAUUUUGUUGUCAACCAAGUGUGACCUCACACAAAUAACCUCAGAAACAGAGGAUUUAAUGAUGCAUGAAAAUUCCCCACUCCACGACGAGCCUGAACCGUCAAGGGCAAAAUAGACGGCGAGAGUCACCUCAUUGGCGUCAGGAGUAGCGAUGCUACUGCCAAUUUCGGGCCAAGAAAUGUCAGUUCACCCAAAUCAAAUUCGGAUAACCAGAAAAUCGAUUUGUUAAUGAAUGACAUAACACCUGUAGUAACGACCUUAAAUAAGGCCUAUGAAGAUUCGCUCCUUCAUGAGUCUGAUGAGGACAUCAACAACAGCGAAGUUAGUCCUCCUAAGCAAAUAAAACUGACAACAGCUACAACUGAAUCUGAGUCGCCUAUAGGAGUCGUUGACUCCCUCGGGUCCGAGGUAAAUACUGAGGAAAAGACAGGCCCAGCAAUUUCAGAGAAAAUCGCAAAAGCUUUGGAUAGUAUACAGUCAGUAUGGCUUAUUGACUAUUACAAGGAACCUUGAUGAAGGGCCUGAUCCAUUUGCAUCCAUGGCCAGGAAGGUUGGGGAAGGCAAUUGACUCAUCAUCACCUCUUCCAUCCAACUCUCUUAGCUCUUUUAGUUUUUAAGUUAAAAUAAAUCAAACAUUUUUACUUGUUUGAAAACAAAUUAUUUUUGUAGACACAGGUCAUAACAAAUUAGAUUGCUUUUUCACAAUGAAAAAUUUUGGAAAAGCUAAAUAUUUUGAUCUGAAGUUACAGACUGGCUCAACUGUUGUCAAAGGAAUAUGGCUUCAGCCUGAAAAGAGGAAGCAACUUCAUGACAUGAUGAAAAGCCAGAAACCAAUUACCUUGACAAAUGAGAUAUCAAAGAAAUUUGACAUAACUAAUGUUGUAGAUGUUUGA